AUGCUGAACCCCUCAUCCAUCAUAUCAUGGCGGACGCUCGCUCUGAUCUUCGCGCUGCUCAACCUCAAAGCCCUGCCCCUAUCAUGGCAUUUUCGAUUAUUCUAUCGCAUGUUCACAAAUUGGUCGUCGCGGGCACGUGUGGCAGCGCGUCUCAAGGACCAUGAACGUGCCUCAUCCGCCUCAUCCACCACCCCCUCGUCCAUCAACAACACCCACCCCGUCUUCCAACCAGUCUCAAUUUUCUCGAGAUCUCCUUUGCUCGAAACAGACUACAACUUGCACAAGAGUAACAGCACCUAUUUCGCCGACCUCGACGAAAGCAGGACUGCGCUCGUGACCAAACUCUUGGUAGCCGGGUUCAAGCAAGGUGCAGAGAAUUUACAAAAAGAAGGACACAAGGGUCGCCUGAGCAUCAUCCUCGGGAGUGUACAUACUUCCUUCCACCACGAAGUCAAGCCCUACGAGCGGUACGAAGUCCGGUCGCGUGUCCUAGGUUGGGAUAAGAAAUGGCUAGUCAUCGCCUCCUUCUUCAUUCGCCCUGCUACCAAGGGCAAGGAUGAAGUCCUACUGGCUUCUGCAUUGAGUAAAUACGUCGUUAAGAAAGGCAGAUUCACGGUGUCGCCCACGCGUUGUCUGGCCGCAGCUGGCUGGCUGCCACCAGCUCCGGAGAACAGCAAUUCAAGCCCACCCCAAGCGGCUUCAAGUUCUUCUGGCACACCACUUCCAUCCAGCAUCGCAGAACUGUUACACCUCGAAGGAACAUCCGAUACCGCGACUCCAGAUGGCAUUGCAGCACCAAUCCCCGAGUCCGUCGCCGAAGUAACCGCAGCUGUCGUGGAGAAGCUCGAGAGCGCAGCAGAAGCAGCGUCUUCAGCAUCUGCCCAACCCGCUCUCACAGAGCCUUUGCUACCCCUGACGAAACUCGACAAAUCUGGCGCCUGGGACUGGCACCGGAUCGAAAUGGAGAGGCUUCGUGGCUUGCAAAUUGCUGCCAACUGGCUGGAUCUGGACAAGGACCUAAAGGAAGAAUUUAAACGUGGCUAG